AUGAACGGUCAGUCCUCUAUGCACUCCAAGGGUGUCUACGUUAUCUCCCUCGCGGGUAAGAAGGCACUGAAGCUUGGUAGAGGCCACGAGAGCGACGUGAGAAUAGCUGAUGUUUCGAUAUCUCGUUGGCACGCGACGGUUUCGCUCGCGGACGAUGGAAGAUUUAUUCUAGAAGACCAUAAUUCGAAGUUCGGAACGCUUGUGGCAAUGCGGCGUCCGAAACUGGUCAAUGCCUCAACAGGGUCAAUAUUGACACUUCAAGCUGGAAGAACGGUUUUCAGGAUAAGCACAAGGAAACCUAGGAAUGAGGUGUCUGAAGAGACCACGGUACCAACAGAGGGAAACGAUACCUUCAUCCUGACUGAGAAUAUGUUGGCUGGUGGUGCACAGUCAUUGUAG